AUGGCAGAUUCUGAUGCGGAUCGCAAAGCGAGCGAGAAGAGUCUUUUCAAGAGCGUCAUGAUUUCGCUGCGCCAUGCGGCACCGUGGACCUCUCCGGUGCCGUCGCGGAACCUUCCGGUCCAGGAGGGUGUGGCUGUAAACGCCGCGACUCUUUAUAAAUUCAUUCUGCUCCCUUCGUUGCACUUCGCAGUGGGUAUCCCGAGUGAUAAGUCGUGUAGAAGCGUGCUUGAUCGUUCUCGUUGCUUCAGGAUGUUCCGCGCUGUUCUCCUCAUCGCUUAUCUGACUGCAGUAUCAGCUGCCCAGGUAGGUUUGCAGCGGGUCCCAGUCGCUCAGACCCUGGACAUGCUCCGGAGUGCGAAUGAUGUCUUUACCAGAGUCGCUAGAUUUGGAGGCGGGGGCAUCGCGAUCUUCUUGCCCGUGCUCCUCUGCAUUGGUUUUUUCGCCUUCAUCAUCCCCUUCGCGGCUCUCCUCGUUCUGGGGACGACAUCAUUCAGCGGUGGGAGCCCGGGAUGGGGCGGCUCCGCUGGGCUAUAUCCCGCGGGUCGUCAUCUCGCCGAGAUGAUUCCAGGACUGCCGUUAUCGAAUGAUCAACUGGUGCAGGCAAUGACGCUCCUUGACAAAGCUUUCACUCAAUUCAGUUCGACGAAGACGCCGCCAUCGGCUCCGGCGAAUAAACUGCCAGCCAAGGAGAGAACACAAGCCGCUAAAUCGCUCGAUCAGGGUUACGAUUCUAGUUCAUCACAGGCGACCCCAACCCUGCCCGAACCCGAGAGCCUCGUAGCGUUAAAGACAUAG